UUUGCUUCGUAUUAGCAAGUGAACAGCUCACUAUUUUGAACAGUUUUGAGACGUAAACUCAAGAUGUCACGCAAGAUCUAUUUCUGCGGCUCAAUCCGCGCUGGUCGGCAAGACGUGGCUCUGUAUGGUCGCAUCGUGGCUGCCCUCAAGCAGUACGGCACGGUGCUGACCGAGUUUGUGGCCGACCCGGCCGUCACCCACCUAGGCUCGGACGAGGGCAAGGCCUCCACCGACCGCGACAUUCACGACAGAGAUAUCAGCCUGCUGGAGGAGUGCGACACGAUCGUGGCCGAGGUGACGCAGCCGUCGCUCGGGGUGGGCUACGAGAUCGGUCGCGGGGUCGCCAUGGGAGGUCGACGCAUCCUCUGUCUUUACCGGCCGCAGCCGGAUAAAAGACUGUCGGCCAUGAUCCGGGGCAUGCCGCCGUCCAAGGACCUCAGCGUGGUGGACUACUCGAGCGACGACAUCGAGAAGGUGCUGACCGACUUCUUCUCCGCCGCCUAGCCUGCGAAGCCGCGCCGUGCGGCGCUGGCUUCGGGCCGGUGCCCUGGGGUUGCAGCUGUGUGCUUGAGCCAGGCGAGAACUCUCAGGCUCGAUGAGAGGGCAGGACCUGGCUCAGACGUCUGGUUCUGCUCACUGUUCACGGAGGUGAAGACAAGACCUGGCACAUACACCGGAACUUUGGAAUUGGGGCGGAAUUCUCGGCUCAAGGAAGCUUUUGGACGUAGAGGAGGACUUGAGAUCCGGCCGUCGAGCACAUCUCAAGACAAAGUGUGGGAUGAUGGCAUUUUCACCACGGGCAGGCUGAUUGCUUGGUCUGCGAGAGGCUCUAGUUGGAAACAAACCAAUUUCUCGCCGUUCACUGUGUGGAAGAACCUGGUGUGGGUGGUGUAGCAGUCUCUGCUCGACUCGCGGCUGGUCGUGCUCGUCGGUGUAGAGUCGAACGCUGGCGCGAAAAAAGCUGUGACGCUAUUCUCGAUGCCCUCGAUGUGUACCUGGUACCGAUGAUAUUUUUAUAGUCAGUUGUUAGUCGUUUUGAACGUUUUCGGCAGGGAAUAAACACUUUUCACGAACAC